AUGAGGAAAUUGCCACUAUGCUCGCUUGCAGACGUCAUAGCUUUCAACAAUGCAAAUCCUGUCCAGGAGAGGCUGAAAGAUUUCGGACAGCGCAAUCUUAUUGCAGCGGAAAACACGCAUGGCAUUGGAUAUGUGGAGAGAGCUGCGAUUCGAUGGCUGGAGGAGCUGUCCGCUAAUGGGCUUGAGAGGCUGAUGAAGGAGCAGCAGCUGGACGCGAUCGUGACGCCCAACAGCAGCGCCUCCAGCCUUCGCGCCAUCGGCGGCCACCCCGGCAUCGUUGUGCCCGCGGGGUAUGACGAGCAGGGAGUCCCAUUCGGCAUGUGCUUCAGCGGGCUGCAGGGGUACGAACCCAGGCUGAUCGAGAUUGCUUAUGCCUUCGAGCAAGCUACCAACGUGAGAAGGCCACCGAUGUUCAAGCCCUAG